GGGUCCGCACGGAGGAGGAAGUGAAGGCGGCUCCCGGGGGACCGCAGGCUGCUCAGACUCAGCGGCUUCGGGGCGGGGCGCUCACGCCCAAGUCCGUUCUCUUUGGGUUCUUGGAGGCCUCGGACGUGUAGUUUGGGGGGUUCCUGUUGCUCACACGCACCCCGGGGACAGAAGUGGGGUGGAGCGAUUCUCGGAACAGUGUGUUGCUAAUUAAUUCAUCCGUAUAUAUUAAUGAAGCUUUGGCCCGGGUGUUGAGCCUUACAGUGCUGCUCUUCCGCAACCUAGGAAAAGAAGACAAACUUGUAAUCUGAGAAUUUUGCUGAUCAUGAGCCUAAAAAAAAAACAAAAACGUUAAAGGCCUGAGACACUCAUUCAGUCAACAGGAAAACAUGAAUGGUUCUAGGCAGCCGUCACUCUUCUUCAUCACACUUCCAGAUCUACACAAACUCUGUGCUGUCAGGAUAAUAUUGAGUAAUGAGGUGGCAGAUGCUGAGAUGAGGAGUGCACAAAUGAAGAUGUGCAGGCAAUUGCUGCUUUUGCACCAAGAUAUUCUUACAUCACCUGUGCUUGGAAUAUUUAACCAAAUUUGGGUGGUGAUGGCGAUACCAUUUUAUAAAGCCGGAAAACUUAAUGCAUAUAUUGAAAAAUAUGGAGCUAAGGCGGAGGCUCCACAAAGAGUAAUUCCUGCAAUUCUUCAAAACUGCUUUUCAUAUUCGCUCACAGCUAGACUUGCUCCAGCCUGGAAUAAAGCUGGCCAUCUCUUGGUGCAAGGAAGAGAGUUUCUUUCUCAGAGGGGGAAGCAAAGUGCCGUUGAAUUAAACAUCAAUGUAACAGAAGCUCAAGUCUGCCUGAGUAUAGAAGCUUUCACGAUCCGACUGCCACCACCUGAGCUAAGAGAAUUUGGUAUUUCUCCGAGUAUUCUGAAGGAUUUUGACACUCACAAGAAUGCUGUCAUUGAGGGACAUUCGAUUUUAAACAACUGGUGCUAUGUUUUGCCAAGUAUGAAAAUGGGAAAGAUAGUGGGUAUUCUUCAUACUACACCCCCUGACUGUCCUUUUCACUCGUAUGAAGAUUUCCAGAUGCACUGGGAUAACAUGUAUGGCUAUAAACUUCCGGAAGAUUGUGGAGAUAUUAAAAUAUACUGUAGCAUCUACUUCAAAAUGAUAGGAGGGAGGACCUUCACAUACCCUCUCAGCUGCAUCCGAAGUGAGCCCACACAGUUCUUCCCAAGGGUAGAUUUGGGAGGUGUGCUGAAAAGUUUUCUUUCAGAUUUAAAAUCUAAACUGCCCCAUGUGUGUGGAUUUCCCAUAAAAAUAACAACGAAACCGUGCUACUACACACACGAACUAACUAAACCACGUAUACAGGAAAAAGUCAAGCCACCCAAUCUGACCUCUAAACAAACAUUCCAGUCCUCUCUGACUCAGGCCCCUUCCAGGAAACCCUUGCUGUCUCAGCAUGUCCCACCAUGUUCAGUGGCCAUGGACCACAAGGUGGCGCUUCCGGUCAGCCAGCGGAAGCCCUGCGUGUCCUCAGCUCUGUACCUCCAGCCAGAAUCUGUUCAGAGCAGAAAGAAGUCCCUGUCUGACAAGGCACCACGAGUACAUGUGGAAGUACGAAAGCCCAGCAGAGGAAAUCCUCAAGUUCAAGAAACAGAUUUUAGCUCCCAAAGUAAUAUCACCCCUAAACUCAUACCAGUUUUCAAAAAUCGAUCAUUACAGAUGAACAGAAAUGCCUUAGAACCUGGCAACAUGAAUAGAAAAGAACAUGUUACAGAAUCUAAGUUGUUUUCACUUAAAACCAGUGUGAUCCAGGAUGACAAACUGAAUUUAGAACCAGCUAUAAAAAAAAUACCUAAUCGUCACACUCACAUGAAUGCUAGACAUUUAAACCCAAAGACUUCUAGACCUCUGCAAGAAAAAAAUACUGAUUCCUAUAAAAAUAUGACAAUACAUCCCCCUUCUAGUGGAAAAGCAUCAACUGCGAGUAUAAAGGGAAGUAAACAACUAUCUCACAGUUCAGGAUUUCAGAUGUCAAAUAACAACUUAGGUGUAAUAAAGAGUGCCGCUGACUUUCAAGUGAAUGGAAAAGAAAACUUAACAAGCAAAUAUAUAACACAAAUUUUAGGGAAAGGACACGAGUCACUAAAAGUGAAAAGACAACCAUACAUUUUUGAAUCAGACACAGAAAUGGAAAAUGUCCAACUACUACAGCAUCAAUCAGUAAAUCAAAUUAAAGAAACUGAUGUGAAUGACCAAAGACUGAUAGUAAGCAGAACAGCUCACAGGUCUAAAACAAAAUUAUGUCAGGAAUCUUCAAAAACUUCAAAGAAGCCUCAUUCCAGUAACAUCCAUUAUGGACAAUCCAGUUCUUCUCGGAACCAGAUGCAUGACUUGGACAAAUCAAAACCUAAGAAAUCUGUCAUCAUUCCUAAAGCUUACAAACAUGACUGCGAAAGCAGGAAACACCCAUCAGAGAUCAGCACCCUGAACAGCGGACAGACGCUGACGCCCAUGCCUGUGACCAUGGGCUUCAGCCCAUAUGCUGCUGCGGGCCCCCCUUGCCACUCGGCAGCUGUGUUUCCAUGGCUGCAUGUGUGGUCCACUGCACGUGACAGUGCUGGAUUCACCUGUUCCUACUGACUGACACAUAAGUUCUUCCCAACUUUUCGCUCUGAUAACAAUGUCAUGUAAAUAGUCUUAUACACAUCUUUGCAAAAUAUCCAAUUCAUAGUAGUUUUGUUGAAACUAUCUUUAUUUUGCCCUUGCUAUUUUUAUUAUUGAAAUUUAGUUGAACUCAUUUUUAUUACUGAAAUUUUCCAACCACACAAAGUGCAGAUAACAGUAUAAAGAACCUCUAAGUACCUGUCAUCCAGAUUCAACCAUUAUUAAUAUUUUGUCACUCAGUUUCAUCUAUUUCUCACAGGUUCACUUUUUACUGUACUAUUUUAAAGUAAAUUUAAUACAGCAUGUAAUUUCACCCAUAAAAGAAAAAAAUAAUAUCUAUAAAUACAUUACAUUUUGGGGGUAUCUACCAUAUCUUUAUUGACUUACUAAAUUUGACUUUAACACACAAAGUAACAGGAAGCCCUCAAUAAACAUAAAACCUAUUUCAAAGACGAACUACAGCCUUCAGUCACAUAACCAAAAUAUUGGAGUGGAGAUUUAUUUGUUCAAACCUAUUUAUUAAAGCAUAUGCAUGUACCAGGCAGUGGGUGAAGCUUUGGGUUACUGAAAUGACAAGGUUGCCAUUGGCUGUGUAGUCUGGUCUCCAGCACAUCCAUUCUGGGCUCCUGGCAAAGAUGUAGGAACAUCCAUGCAUUGAAGCAAACAUCAAGAAUGACCAUUUGGUUCAUACUACAAAUAAAUUAUCUAACGUGCAUGAAGAGAGAGACAGAGCGCCUCACUAGUAUUAUUCUGGCUUUCAAACAUUAUAGAUGUUUAAUUUGCAAAAUGUGAUAUAAUUGUUUUGGUAAGAUAUUUAACAGAAGCCAAAAAUCCUCGUUAACAUCCCUUCAUUAAAUUAAAAAAAAAAUCAGAGAGCCAAGUAUAAGUUGAACUUUGAUUUUUUAAUGUGAUUUACCAUUUUUGCUCUUUCACUAAACCAUUGCAAUCAAAGGCAAAAGUGAACAUGAACUCUGCUUCAAAACUGUUACCAUAAUUCUUACUCUUGAAAUGGUGCCUGGUUCAUUACUAUAAUAUACCUUCACUAUGUACCUAUACUAAUUUACUGUAUACCUUUAAUGCAAGCAUUUCUGCUUUCUAGAAUUCUCAUUUUACAAUUAUUUAACCAUUUUCAUAGGGAGAUAGUCUAGUUUAAAGCCCAUUUUGAGUGUGCCUUUCUCAUUCUAAAACUGAUAUGAUAGAUACUUAGCAGACUGCUUUAAAGAAUGGUACGCCGUCUUGCUUUUGAGGCUGUGGUGAAAACAUCUGUUUAUAGAAGUGCAGUAAUAAGUAUAUAUGUCUGGUCACUCAGUCCUGCACAGCAUAUGCUCAUUCUCGAAACCAGUCUUCCUCGCUGCUCCGCCCAUGUGUCCCCUGCCUGCCUACCCGCUACUGUCCAGUCAUCAUGCCUUAGCUAAUGGAGGCGUCCAUUGUUAUUACACUAAGCAGAGGAAUUAACAGACAAACCCACUGCUUAAGUAGUGUGUGGUGUCUUCCAGUUGUUUAUGGAAAUAAUCUUCAUAGCUCCUCCACUCCAUCAGUGUCUGAAACUUAGAAUUUAUGGAAUAGAAUUUCAUUUAGAUAAAUGCCAACCUACAUGGCAAAGCCUGCUUGUCUUAGGACCAGUCUGUCUUCUGGUGUAAAAGUAGGUUUAUUUUUCAUCUUUUGAUAUUUAUCCUAGUGAAAGUUUACCCCCCAAAUAAAUAAAUAAAUAAAUAAAUAAAUAAAUAAAUAAACACACACACACACACAUAUGUAUAUGUAUAAUAUGUAUGAUUUACUGUAGAGCUACAUGGAUGGGUUAAUUGAUUGUUUGUAUACUAUCCAUGUUCAGAAAAGAGGUUCUAGACCAAAUUGCUCUGCUCAGAUUCACUGGAGAAAUCAAGGAAGAUUUUGGUUCAUUUUAAAACUUACAAUUUUGAAAGCCAGAAUAAUUACAAAUCCUUAUUUAGAUAAGGACAACAAAUUGCAUUUCCUUGUUUACAUGUUUUAUUAUUUACAUAAAUUAUGGACACUCCCCUGCCCCCAAAUCAUUCUUCACAUUCUGACUAUGUUAAUUUUAUUACCAUUAUAAUUUUUAAGCCAUAAAUAACUCCAGAAUCUUAGAAGAUCAGCCGCUGCAUUUAUUUUAUUUUAUUAUUUUAUUUUAAAACUUUUUGGGGUUUUUUGUUAUUAAUUUCUAGUCAGAUAAUAUUAUAUCCCAUACUUUUUUUUACAUUUUUAAUUAUCUUAGUGUUUUUUUAGUUAAACUUAUUGGGGUGACAGUUGUUAGCAA